UGGACGGACGAGUGCAAUGGCGUUCUUGUGAUUUUGAAUAAUCGGUGUGGAAAUAUUUGUUGUUAUACUCGUGGAAUCUCCCAUAAAAUAGACCAGAGAAAUCUUUAGCCGACUAUUCUCAUCAGAUCACUUAUAUCUUGCUACAUAUUGAAAUUCAAUUUAGCUCAUUGAAAUUAGUUUAGCCAGGCAGGAGUCUCGACUUUGAGUAUGGUAUCCAUUUUGUGAUCUACCUUGUUGUGUGGCGUUUUUCGUUACAAUGGAUAUACCAAGUCAUCAUUGGAUAUUUCAACAUAAAAUCAUUUUACUUCACUCUUAAAGAGUGAUGGACUCAUAUAAUUUAUUUGGUGAUGAUGGAAGCGGUAUGUUGGAAGGACUUACUGAUCUUGGUGGCACAGACAGCUUUGCUGGUAAUUCUACUUCUGGAGUAGCAGGUGAUGCCAAAGAGCCUGCAGACAACAGUUACAGACAACCCUAUAAUCCUGCAAGUGUGGCUCAAGAGGGAUCUAUACAAAAACUGGCAUCUUUUGGAGGCGGAAGUACUGGUGGUAUUACCAGCAAUCCACAAACAGUACCACCGCCGGGCGGAGGACCUCCAGCUCCUGAGUAUCAUGACUACGGGAGCUAUCCUCCGCGGCCACGCCUACCACAGCCCCCCCAUGCUCCCCUACACCCGACGCAUCAUGUGCACCCGUCACACUCUUACCCAGGAUAUCACCACCCUGGACCAGAUCCAAUGUACACAAUGCCGGAACAGCCAGGUAUUGGAGACAUGGGUGUGUGGUCUGGGCCUUCGAGUGCUAAUAGAUAUUCACCUAUUACGCCUGGUUACAGGCAUUCUUAUGAACAUCAACAAAAAAUGCACCAAUAUGCACCGCCACAGGGAAGUGGCCUAGGUGGAUUACAGGCCCAAAGUGGAGCUUACUUACCCAGACAGCCUCAUUUUUCUCAACCUACGUCACAACAAAUAUAUGGACAACAACAGAAUUAUCCCAAUUACACACAAAUGCAUCCUCCGGCCGCAUCUAGGAUUGGUCAACAUCCAACUUACCAUCAGCAAAUGGAAGUUAAUCCUCAUCAAUAUGGAUUAACACAUGCACAGCCAAGUCAUCCUGGCAUACCUCAACACCAACCUCAUCAAAAUAUGUCGACCCAUGCUAGCGGCCUUGCCCCUGGAAUCCAAAGUCAUCCAAAUGUCCACCUUCAUCAUCCAGGGGCACCGCCACUUCAUCAUGUGUCCCGUCAAAAUCAAGGACCUCCUUCAUCAGUUGCCCCAUCACACCCUGUGCCGACUCAGAUGCCGUAUGCGUCACCCCAUCAUUCAGUACCUAUGAACUAUCAACCGCAUCAAGCUCAACAUCCUUUGGAUGUAAAUGUUUCAAAUCAGUAUAAUCCUGUUAAAAACGCAGGUAUUGAAGGAAGUCCGCAAUAUCGUCCACCAUUUCCACAAUUAUCUCCUCAAAUGUCACCUAGAGCUCAAAUAUCGCCACGACAACAACAACAGCCACAACUAUCUCCGAGACCAGUAAUGUCACCUGUGAAAGGACCCACUGCUUCACCGCAUGCGUCACGUAAUCUAGUCCAGUCGCCAGUUACUACGGGACCUGCACCGUCAUCAGGUUCUUUUACGUCACAAAAUACGCUUCAAGCGUUGGAACAAAUGGUUUUACCGAGUGGUGCUGAGUAUCCAUAUCAACGUAAUCCAGCUUCACCCGUAGUCGGACAUUUAAAUGCUUCUCCUUCUCAAUGGAACCAAAACAAAUUGCCGGCUCCACUUCCGAACCCUCCUCAAAUGGAUAAUGUGGAAGUAAAAGCUGUAGAAACUUCAGCGUUAAAAUCUGAAGCAGUCAAGACUGUAACAAAUUUAGAUUCUAAAGUUACAGAAAAAUGUGAAGAACCUGAAAAAUCAUCAGAAAGUCCGCACACAUUCGCUACGCCAGCGAGUAUAAAUGUUCCUAAGGACAUCACAACAAACAGUUCAUCGGGUAUAUCAAAUAAUUCAAAUUCUCCUGUGGUAUCUUCUGAAAGUUCAGAUGUAACCGAUAAAACACAAGAUAAGAUUCAAGUGACUGAGACUACUAGCGAAAAUUUAGUAUCAAAAGAAGAAAAAAGUGACAAGAGCGUCGGUAAUACAUAUAUUAACGACCCGAAACUAGAAGUCAAAUCGAUUCCGGUCAGUGCUGAUAAAGUAAUCCAAAGUUUGCCUAUGACAAACCUUUCUUCGUCCACUGUAAGUGAGCAAAUGUCACAAAAUGCUUCGCAAAAUUUACAUGUGCCUGUUAAUCCAACAGCUUUGAGUGCAGUAAAUCAAUAUGACAAUAUGUCUAAUUUGAACAUCGGCAGAAGUCAACCAUAUCAAAACAUUUCAAGCAAUUUACCUACUGCUCAAGUUAUUUCAAACAAUCCGACAGUGAGUGUGUCAUCAAAUUUACAGAACAAUACAAAUAUUAAUGUUCCGGCUACAUUUCAAUCAAGUGUAGCUGCUACUACAACAGUUCCUGGCGGGCAAACUAAUCAUUCUAUGCAACAUGCCAAUUCAGUACCAUUACCGGUACAUAAUACACAAAGUAACUUAACUUGUUUGCCUCCGAAUAUUCCAAACCAACUUCCAAAUAUGCCUCCUACGGCUAUGACUAAUGUUCCUGGUAAUAUCCCUAUUGCAUCUAAUGUACCGACUAAUAGUGUUCCAAAUGUACAAGUGGGUAUCCCCCCGCCCAUGAAUGUACCAAGUAUGCAUACUGCAAUGACUUCAAAUAUUCAAAACGCUUCGUCUAAUCUUAUACCGAAUCUGCCACAUAACAUCAAUUCAAAUAUGAUUAUGAUGGGAGCAAACACUGCACCCCACCCGAAUAUGACUAACAUGUAUCCUACUUCACACCAUCAAGAGAGAAUUUCAUUGCAGCAACAAAUACAAGAAAUAUAUUGUCUUCCGCCGUCUAAUGAAAAUCAAGAAAAGGUCAGGUGUUUACAGGAAAGACUUGCCCUUCUACAACAACAUGAAACUAAUGACAAAUGCAAUGGUGGUCCUAAUUGUUUAUUACAAAAUACACUGUAUGGCUCUAAAAUGGUAGAAAGUCCACAAGUUACGAGUACAACUGGUCGAGGUAGAGGUAAAGGACCUGCUAAACCUAGAAAACCAAGAGUGAGGAAAGAGAAGGUGAAUAUUUCUGCAUCUCUCGAUCAGCUCCCUGUGUCGGAAGAUUGUGUAACUGCAGGGACAGGGUUACAAAGCACUUCAGAAAUUGAUUCUGAAUUACAUGAUGAUAUAACAACGCUAGAUAGUAGCGCACUAUCAGUUGAUGAACUUUCUGGAACCAAAGGUACAAAAAAAAGAGGACCUCGUAAAAGUAAGGAAAGAAAACCCCGAACGCCGAAAGAGCCGAAAAUAAUUAAGCAGCUUGGGGAAAAGCCAAUUAAAGAACGAAAAAAACGAGAACCUAAAGAUCCGAAUGCUCCCAAAAGAAAACGGAAUGCAAAAAAAGAUGGUCCUGAGUUUCAGGCGGAUACUACUACAAGUUAUGAAUCUUUAGAGAAAAGCAACAGUGAUGGUCGUCCAGUUGAUACAAUUGUAAAUAAGUCUGUUGCAAAUACGGACUUAAUGAACAAUACUACAACUACCGCAGAAUUGCCGUCGCUUGAUGACACAAACGUGACUGAUUUUGAUGACAUUCCAGUGUCGAAAAUAGCUAUAAAAGAUUUACUUGAAGAAGCAGAGGCGAAGAGAGAUCAAGAUGAUAAGGAGGAUGAUACAGAUUCUCUAUGUCAAAAGAAACGUUCUUCAAAAAAAAGAAAUUCCGGUGGAGGUAGUGCUAAAAAAGUAGCAUUAAAAAAAACGCCUGGAGGACGAAGGAAAAAACGUGGUGGUAUUGUACCAGACUCUGAUGGUGAACCUGAUGAUAUGAUGUCCACACCUCCGCCUUCACCUCCCCCUGAAGGCGAUGACAGUUUGAAACGUAGAUCUGCCAGAAACACGCAGCGUAAAAAAUACACAGAUGACGUUAUGUUGCGAUUGUCAGAUGAUGAAUUUAAUGUGGCUGCACCUAAGAUCGAAAAAGAUAUUAAAGCCGAAGAUCUCAAUAUUGAAACCAAAGAUAUAAUUCGGCCAGAAGGUGCUCCUAAACACUAUAUUUAUGUGAAUCCGACAGAAGAAGAUGCCAUGAUAGUGCAAUAUGUAUUGGCAUCGCGGAUGGGAAAAAGAGAAAUAAAACCUGAAGCACCAUCAGAAAUAUUAAAAUCCGAAAAAGAAGAAACUACAACUGAAGUGGAAUGUACAGAUGAGGAUAAGUCGGAAAAUGAAAUUAUAAAACAAAACCCUGAGAGUAAUGUGAUGGAAGUUUCAGAGAAAGAUGCCUCCCCUGUUAUUGCUGCAAAUGAAGAAUCGCAAGAAAUACUCAAGCCAUUGGAUACACAGAGUAAAGAAAGUGAAACAAAAAAUUUAAAAUCGGUUGUGGUUGAUGUUGAGGAGUAUUUUGUCAAAUACAGGAAUUUUUCUUAUCUUCAUUGUGACUGGAAAACAGAAGAAGAACUGUAUAAAGGCGACAAACGUAUUUUUUCUAAAAUCAAACGAUUCAAACAGAAACAAGCUCAACAAAUGAAUAUAUUCGAACUGUUGGAUGAUGAACCUUUUAAUCCAGAUUAUAUAGAAGUAGAAAGAAUACUAGAUAUGUCCGAAAAUCAAGAUCCUGCUAAUAAUACAUUAGUCAAACAUUAUUUGGUGAAAUGGAAAAGUAUGCAAUAUGAAGAUAGUACAUGGGAGUUAGAAGAAAAUAUUGAUGUCGACAAAAUUAAACAAUUUAAGAUUUUUAACGAAAUACCUCCAAGAGAAAAAUGGAAAUACAAAAAGCGACCCUCAGCCGAUCACUGGGUGCAGCUUAAAGAGUCUCCUCUUUACAAAGGAGGUAACACAUUAAGACCUUAUCAACUAGAAGGAUUGAAUUGGUUAUUAUUUUCUUGGCACAAUAACCGUAACUGCAUUUUAGCGGAUGAAAUGGGACUUGGAAAAACUAUUCAAAGCUUGACAUUUGUGAAUUCUGUCUGGGAAUAUGGUAUUAGAGGUCCAUUCCUUAUUAUUGCACCCUUAUCAACUAUUCCUAAUUGGCAAAGAGAAUUUGAAGCUUGGACCGAAAUGAACGUAGUAGUAUAUCACGGUUCACAGCAAAGUAAAAGCAUGAUUCAAGAAUAUGAGUUUUAUUAUAAAAACGAAGAUGGUGAAACUCUUAAAGAAAUUACGAAGUUCAAUGUUUUAAUAACAACGUUCGAAAUAAUUGUCACAGAUUUUCAAGAGCUAAAAUCAUUUAACUGGCGUGUAUGUGUUAUAGAUGAGGCUCAUAGAUUAAAAAAUCGCAACUGUAAGUUAUUGGAAGGCUUAAGACAACUUCAUCUGGAACAUAGAGUUCUGUUAUCUGGAACUCCUUUACAAAACAAUGUAAAUGAAUUAUUCUCUUUGUUAAACUUUUUGGAACCAUCGCAGUUUGCCAGUAGUGAUGCAUUUUUAAAUGAAUUCGGACAACUUAAAACGGAAUCUGAAGUGGUAAAAUUACAAGCCUUGUUAAAACCUAUGAUGUUACGAAGGCUUAAAGAAGACGUCGAAAAAACUCUGGCACCAAAAGAAGAAACUAUAAUCGAAGUCGAAUUGACCAAUAUACAAAAAAAAUAUUAUAGAGCCAUAUUAGAAAGGAACUUUAGUUUUUUGCAAAAAGGCAUCGCAGCAGCGGCAAAUAUUCCAAAUUUAAUGAACACCAUGAUGGAAUUAAGGAAGUGUUGUAUUCACCCAUAUUUAUUGAAUGGAGCAGAAGACCAAAUUCAGUUUGAUUAUAAACAAGCUAAUGGAGAAGAUAAAGAAGCUUAUUAUAAAGCAUUAAUUCAGUCAUCUGGAAAAAUGGUAUUAGUUGACAAAUUAUUGCCAAAGUUAAAAGCUGGUGGACAUCGAGUUUUAAUAUUUAGUCAGAUGGUUCGAUGCUUGGAUAUUUUGGAAGACUAUCUAGUAUUUAGAAAGUAUCCCUAUGAGAGAAUUGAUGGGCGGAUUAGAGGCAAUUUAAGGCAAGAGGCAAUAGAUAGAUUUUCUAAACCAGACUCUGAUAGAUUUGUCUUUUUGCUUUGCACGAAAGCUGGCGGUUUGGGUAUAAAUUUAACAGCCGCAGAUACUGUCAUAAUUUAUGACAGUGAUUGGAAUCCACAAAAUGAUUUACAAGCUCAAGCACGUUGCCAUCGGAUUGGACAGCAAAAAAUGGUAAAAAUCUAUAGGUUAAUUUGUCGGAAUACAUAUGAAAGAGAAAUGUUUGAUAAAGCAUCUUUAAAGUUAGGAUUGGAUAAAGCUAUAUUGCAAAGUAUGAACACGUCUCAGGGAAAAGAGACAGGAUUAAAACAAUUAUCUAAAAAAGAGAUUGAGGACUUAUUAAAAAAAGGGGCGUAUGGUGCAGUUAUGGAUGAAGAUAAUGCUGGCGAUAAAUUUUGUGAGGAAGAUAUAGAAAUGAUAUUAGCUCGCCGCACCCAAGUUAUUCAGAUGGAGUCUGAAAAAGGAUCUACAUUUUCCAAGGCAAGUUUUGCAGCCACUGACCAGCGUUCGGAUAUUGAUAUCAGGGACCCAGAUUUUUGGAACAAAUGGGCUAAAAAAGCUGAGAUUGACACGACAGAAAAAAAAGAAGAUGAAGAUUUGAUAGUUACAGAACCUCGAAAACGAACCGUCAUUAAAAGGUAUGGACAUGACGAUGGUCCUAUGGAAAUGUCAGAUAUGGAAGUAACGCCCGAUUCUGAAGAGGAUGAAGAAGGUAUAAGUUUGCGCAGCAAAAGGAAGAAAGACAAAUUUGGACGAAAAGGACGACGAUAUGCAAGUGAUGAUUACAUACCACGACAUGAAGGUAUACCUGUAGACGAGGAAGUAGUUUAUGGGUCGUGGACGAGAUCUGAAUGUUUUAAAAUAGAAAGAGGUUUAUUAACAUUCGGCUGGGCUCGAUGGGAAGAAAUAAUAGACAAAAAUCAAUUUCGAAAAGGAUGGACCUUGCCAGUUAUAGAAGAUUGUGCCCGAAUUAUAGUUUUGUAUUGCUUAAGGCAUUACAAAGGGGACGAAAAGAUUAGGAAUUUUAUUUGGGAUUUGAUAGAGCCUUGUGAAAAUGGAGAAGUGACAAUUUCUAGGAAUCAUAGUGGUUUACACAACCCAGUUCCCCGAGGAAGAAAUGCUAAAAAGAAAAAUAAACCAAAAGACUUACCAAAACCUAAUGAUACCCAAAAAUGGGAAGAUCCUAAUCAUUGGAGUUCUAUUGACAAAUAUGACUGCGAAGUUUACCUAGAAAGCAGCUAUAAAAAGCAUUUAUUUAGACAUGCCAAUAAAGUCUUGCUUAGGGUUCGAAUGAUGUAUUACAUAAAACAUGAAGUGAUUGGCGACUUUGCCACUCAAAUAGAAAAUGGAUUACAUGCCAGCUCUUUAGGAAUGCGUGUGCCCCGUGGAGUAGACAGUACUCCUCCUCGGCUAUGGUGGGAUACCGAGUGUGAUGUUUCUUUAUUGGUCGGGACAUACAUACACGGUUAUGAAAACUACUUAGCCAUGCGUUCUGAUCCUCAACUGUGUUUUGUUGAUAAAUUGGGCCCGCCAGAUGACGCAGAGUGUACAGAUAUAAAAAGCGAAGAAAGGAAAGUAAGAGGAAGUGUUGUUGGGGAUGAAGAUUGUACAGAUGAUGUAUCUAGCGGUGCCGGGGCUACUUCCCCUGCUGCUUCGCCAAGGCCUGAUGACGAUAGCACCCAGGGCAGCUCUGGAGGCCAUUUAUGGCCCUCAAUGCAGGACUUGAAUACACGGUUGCGACGCCUCAUCACUGCCUACCAACGAAAUUAUAAACGAGAAGAGCUAAAAAUGCAACAAAGAGCUAAGAUGGAGCGCCGCGAGCGAAUGGAUCAACUUGCAAGGGACGAAAUGGCACAAUGGCGGUGGACACGUGCAGAUGAAGAAGCUUUUCGACGUACCGUCGCUUCUUAUGGUGUUGAAUUUGAUCCUUCUACCAAGAGUCUUCGAUGGAGCCGAUUUAGAUCCUUGGCGAGACUUGAUUCAAAGAGUGAUGAUGCACUUACUGACUACCUAAAAGCAUUUAUGGCCAUGUGUAAAAGACAAUGUGGACUUUCUGUGGGCGAAGCAGAACUGCCUACAAGAGCAGACUUAAAAGCGGAACCUAUAGGGGAAGAAAGAGCAAUAGCAACUCUUGAAAGAAUUGACCUUUUACGCGUAUUGCGUGAAGAAGUGGCUCCGCAUCCGGCUUUAGAUACACGUCUUGCGUUAUGUGAACGUUCUCCUGAAACACCACCUUGGUGGCAACCCGCACGCCACGACAAAUUAUUGGUUUUAGGAGUUUGCAAGCACGGCUUGGGUGACACAUACAAUAAAAUAUUUUGUGACCCGAAGCUGCCUUUUGCUGAUAGCGCAACUAAAUGGUACACCAGUCACAAGAGUUCAAAAAUGGACAGUCAAAAGAUGUCAUCUGAUGAGGAAGACAGAAAUAAUUCAGAAGAAUCGACUAGCGAGACGCGUAUGUCUCUGAGACGUAGCAAACGGACUUCAAACGUUUGCGAUCGCGAGAACGAGGACGACACGGACGCUCUCUCCGAACUGGAGACGUUAGCCAAACUGGGAAGAAUAGAAGGCUCGCUGUCCACCGAGCACUGGUUCUCGGAAAGGGCCCUCGAGACCCGGCUGCAUCACAUCGCUCACGCCGUACAAAACCGCGAAUGGCCCGCGGCCGUCACGAGCAAGUCCGAAGCCGCGCGGGGAGCGCACCAGGAGGCGGACGAUCGCAAGCACCCUCUGAAAAGGCACAUAGCGAUCGACGUGGAGACCGACCGCGCCAAGCUGCACGCGCUGCUGUCGUCGCCGGGCGCGGCGCACGCGCGCGACGACGCCUCCAGCGACUCGGGCUCGCGCCGCUCCACGCCCGCGCCGCCGCCCGCGCACCAGCGGCCCGCGCCCUCGCCCGCGCCCGCGCCGCCCGAGCCCGCGCCCGCGCACGCCGCGCCCGUCGACCUCUCCGCGCCGCUCGACCUCAGCGAGGCGCACGACUUCUCGCUGGGCCGCCGCGCGCCGCUCGAGCCCGCCCACGCGCCCCACGCGCCGCCGCCCAGGAGCAGGCUGGACGACACCCUAUCCAGACUCAUGAAAAGGAAAAAUGCUCCUGCUCCGGAGCAAAUAGUUGGUAAGGAAAAGAAGAGGAAGAAACUUGAUGAAAUUGUUUUGGGACUGUCGGCGGCCAAGACCCGAAGCCCCACUUCAACUGUGACGUCCGAAACGAGUCGCAGCAGGAACACACCUAUCCUGCCUGAUGUGACUGUCACUCCGGCUGCGCCGCCGACGUCGUCUGCGGCAGCGGCAGUUCAAAAACCAUUUUCGGUAACUGUUACUAAUGUUCCCUCGCCACAAGCGUCCUCUAAAGAGCUAUCGUCAUUUUUGCAACAAUCUUUAGAACAAAAUAAAUCUCAAAAAUCUUCUUCUCCUGUUACUAUGAAAUCGUAUUCGCACGAAGCUAAAGUCAACAAGUGGUUAGCUGAGCAAGCUAGUGUUGAGUCUCGUCGACGUGGACUUACACCUCGGUUAGCUCCAGACGAACAUGUUCCAGUAGUACAUCGAGUGACUGGAAAACGUAUUGUGGGACAUAAGGCGCCUCAGCUAAAACAUCUGGCACAAUGGAUCGCCGAAAAUCCGAUGUAUGACAUUGAUUCCAAGUGGACGGAAGGUAUUAAAGAACACGUUAAGUUGCCGCAGGAUGUACGCAGUCAAAGACACUCGCCUAUGCCACCUGCCAGUUCAAUGGGUGAGCGUAAGAAAGGACGUCCACCUACCCUUGACUCACCGUCUUCAACUGUGCUUUCUGCAAAUUCUCAUUUAGCACAAAACAUGAAUUCAUUGAACCCAGCACUACUGGCAAGUUUAUCAAGUUUAUCUGCAUUUGAUCCGAAAACAUUAGCUGCAACUUUAUCAAAUUUAACAGGAUUUGAUCCAAAGCUGUUAAGUUCUUUCGAUCCUAAAGUACUGUCAAAUUUAGCUAACUUCGACUCUAAAAAUAAUCCACUAUUAAACUCCUUUGGUAGCAUGCCAAAUUUAUUAGGAAAUAUUGCUGGUGGGAAUUUAUUUGCUAAUUUAGCUGGUUUAGGCCUACCCGGUUUUUCUUCACUUGACAUGAACGCUCUUGGAGCUGCUGGUACAUCGGGGGAUAAAACAAAACAAAGGAAACCUUCUGAAGCAGGUAGCACUUCAAGUUCUAAAUCUGCUAAUUCACAAUUUCCGUUUGUGUUUCCCAAUCCUAACAUGUUAUAUCCUCAACUAGGUUUGAGUGGUCUAAAUCCAUUCGGCAUGCAUUCAGGUAUGUCGUCCGCUUAUGAUGCAUUAGGAUUGCUAAGUAAUAGUUUAGCAGCGAGUUCUGGUUCCUCAACACUACAUAGUUCAAGUCAUAAUUCCGGGCGCAAUAGUACUAAGACCACUACCCCAAGAUCGUCAACAGUAGUAACUAAUUCAUCGACCUCUCGACAACAAAAAGUUUCUGAUCGGCAACAGUCAAGUCAGUUACCUCAAAUUCUUUUACCACCUGACCCCUACUUAUUGGAAUCACUUUCUAAGCAGUCAUUAAAUUAUGAAUCCAUAUUGAGGGCUGACAAGAGAUCACGAGAUACAGAAUGUCACGAGACAACUGCUACUGACUUGUCAAAAACUGAUAAGAAAAAGUUACCUUUUGAUACAUUGCGGUCUCAAGUACCUCCUGAAUUUGCGGCGGUCCAAGAAAAACUACUGAAAGGUGAUAAAAAAGAUAUAGAUAUAAGUAAAAUGUUAUUAGAACAAAUGGCAUCCGGAGCACUAAGUGCAAGUCUUGUAAGUUCAGCUGAAGCAAAAAAAGUUAAAGAUGCCGAAAAAGAUGCUUACGAAAAACUAAGUAAAAGUUCAUCCGAGUACAUUGCCAGAACACUUUCAUCAGAGGACGGCUCGUCUAAUGUAUCGUUGGCGCUAAAAAGAAGUCAUGAUGAAAUGAGCUGUGAACCUGAAAACCUAGCAUUACAGUCACCUGAAUUGAAGAAAGUCAAGGAAUCCAAUUCGUCAGAAAAUAAUUCAAAUAAAGAAAAACCACCAGACCCUUCACCCAACACAGGUGAAAUGGAUCUCGAAGAUUUAAUUGCACCUUCAACUGUAAUUAAAACUGGUAUGAAAGCGAGUGACUUUGAAAAUAGUAAAGCUACAUCUGUUGAUUCGGCUUCUUCAAAUGUAGAAAGAGAAGAAAAAUUACAAGUGAAACUAUCAGACCCUUAUGUCGAAGACCCAAAUGUUCAGUUGGUAAGUGAACACAGCCAAAUUAGUGAAUGUGUUUCUAACAAACUGGACUCGGAAAAUAAAGAUAUGAUAGACGAAAGUAACAACAGUGGUGAUAAUAGUAAUAGCGACCAUAAUCGCAAGGGGUCCAGAAAAAAAGGUCGAAAGUCCACAGACGAAGCAGCCGCUCCAUGUCCUCGACGUGAAUUACGUUCUAGUGCCGGACGACAGUCUACAGAGACGUCUACAUCAAAUCACUAAUUUCGCGGCUUUUUUUUUUCAAGACUGGAUAAUAGUUUUAAAUUACCUAUAAUAUAAAAUUAACUGCAUCAUAGGCAAAUGACAAUGUUUUUAUAGGAAGAAAUUAUGAUCAAUCAUACAUUUUAUGUAUUUAUCACAGAAAAGCUUGAAACCCAUCCCAUAAGAUUUAUCAUUAUUUUAUUAUUAAGUAAUACUGGUACAGUUUUACACAAACAUAUGAAAGCAACCAUUUACAUAUUGUAGAAUAUUAAUUAAUAUAAUAUAAUACUGGACUCAAUUCCUGACAAUAUUUUAUGGUUAUCAUUUAAUUGUCCUUGCCUAAGUCCAAGUAUUCUACUUUGCUUUAUUGUAGAGUAGAUUUAAUAUACAUGGUGUUUCCUGUAAGGUGUCAAGCCGAAGAAUCGAUAGGUAUGGUCCUUACCUAUCACCUGGCUUCGGCUUAACACCUUACAGGAAAUACCCUGUAUAACUAAUUUACUACUUGAUGAUAACCAUGUUUGUAUACAAUUUCACAUCAUUAAAUGACACAAGCUGGUAACAUAACCUAUCUUGAACAUCACGUACAUCAUAUUUUUAUGGCGAUGUUUAUUUAUUUUAGCUGCCUCAACUAAAUAAUGUUAGGUGCCUGGGAUUAUCUAUAGAUACCCAUAAAGUCGGUUAAAAAUGCGCUCUAAUUACGAAGUAUUAUCAUGAAAUGUCAUGUUUGAACAUGUAUAGUAAACAGAAUAAUUGAAUUUGAAUAAUAUGUAUUUAGAUCAAAACUAUCAAUUAAUCUGAAAGAAAAUAUCAAAACAUUUUCACGAUAGGUCUACCGAGUAUUUACAUAAAGAUAAAUCUCAAAUUAUUUCUUUUAUUGCUCUACAAUCAUGAACUAUCGAUCUGAUGGUAACAAAAUCAGUAC